CCCAAAACAAAUGGACUUCCUUUCCUUCUUCCUCUUCUCUUCCUCCUCCUCCUCCUCCUCUGGUGCUGAUACUUCUCUGAUCGACAGCCAUCCAUGUCGACCGUCAGCAUAGAGCCGUUAAUCCACCACCAUCAGCGGGAGAUCCGCCGCUUCCGUUUCAAAUCGAGCGCGUUCGGGCCCGCUCCCUUGAGCUGCCGUCCCAAAUCGCGCUGUGAUGGCGGGAGACUCUGCAGCUUCAAGUCUCCUCGGAGAGCUCUCGCUGUCGUCAGAGCUGCUGCCGUCGUCGAGACCUUCGAUACCACCGACGUCGUCUUCAGGGAGACUUUCCCUCUCGAGUGGACUGAUACGGUUGAGGGUAAGAUAUUUGUGAAAUUGGAUAAGGGGAAGAAUGAGCAGAAUUGGCAGCUCACGGUUGGUUGCACUAUUCCUGGGAAAUGGAUCCUUCACUGGGGAGUUUCUUAUGUCGAUGAUGUUGGCAGCGAAUGGGAUCAGCCUCCUACUGGUAUGAGGCCUCCGGGUUCUGUGCCCAUCAAGGAUUAUGCAAUCGAGACGCCUUUAAAAAAAGCAUCAUCUACCGGAGAAGGGAUCGAUCUUUAUGAAGUGAAGAUCAAUGUCAAGUCUGAUAGUGCAGUUGCAGCAAUAAAUUUUGUAGUGAAGGAUGAAGAAACGGGAGCAUGGUAUCAGCAUAGAGGAAGAGAUUUCAAAGUUCCUCUUGUGGAUUACCUGCACGAUGAUGGCAAUGUUGUUGGAGCAAAGAGGGGCUUUGGACUAUGGCCAGGUUGGAGGGCUUUUGGACAGCUUUCUAACAUUCUCCUUAAAGGGGAAGCAUCACAAUCUAAAGCCCAAGAUAGCAUCAGUGCAUCUAGCGACCCCAAACAAGAGGAUAGUUCUCUUGAAGGAUUUUAUGACGAGCUGCCACUAGUCAAACAACUUCCUCUUCAUAACUCUGUGGGUGUUUCUGUUAGGAAGUGUCGUGAGACAGCUAAGAAUAUCAUAUAUCUCGAAACUGAUCUCCCUGGAGAUGUCGUUGUUCACUGGGGAGUUUGCAGAGAUGAUGCUAAAAACUGGGAGAUUCCUGCUGCCCCACAUCCACCGGAAACAAUUCUAUUUAAGAACAAGGCAUUAAGGACUUUACUAAAGCAAAAGGAGGGCUCAAGUGGAUGCUCGGAAUUAUUUACCUUAGACGAAGACCUUGCGGGAUUUCUCUUUGUUCUCCGGAUAAAGGAGAAUAUAUGGCUAAAGUACAUGGGGAAUGACUUUUUUGUUCCCCUUUCAAAGUCGUCCAGCUCGGUUCAGUCCAACAAGGAUUCUGAAGCUACACAUGUGUCUGGCAAAGGUGAACAAGAAAAUGAAGAUGUCUCUGGUUCUGCAUUUACUGAUGGAAUUAUCAAUGAGAUAAGAAACUUGGUAAGUGAUAUUUCUUCUGUAAAGACUGGCAAGACAAAGACCAAAAAAGUACAAGAAAGUAUUCUCCAAGAAAUCGAAAAGUUGGCUGCAGAAGCCUAUAGUAUUUUCAGGAGUUCAACGCCAACCUUCUCAGAGGAAGCUGUUUUGCUAGAAGAGGCAACGAAACCUCCUUUAAAGGUAUCCUCUGCCACAGGCUCGGGAUAUGAGAUAUUGUGCCAGGGCUUUAACUGGGAAUCUCAUAAAUCUGGAAGAUGGUACAUGGAACUCAAAGAAAAGGCCAAACAAUUAUCAUCUCUUGGUUUUACUAUCAUUUGGUUACCGCCUCCAACAGAAUCUGUGUCACCUGAAGGAUACAUGCCAAAGGACUUGUACAAUUUGAACUCAAGAUAUGGAACUAUUGAUGAACUCAGGGACCUUGUGAAGAACUUUCAUGAGGUUGAUAUCAAAGUUUUAGGAGAUGCUGUCUUAAAUCACCGGUGUGCGCACUAUAAAAAUCAAAACGGAGUGUGGAAUAUAUUUGGUGGCCGUUUAAGUUGGGAUGAUCGUGCAGUGGUUGCUGACGAUCCACAUUUUCAGGGUAGGGGCAACAAGAGCAGCGGAGAUAAUUUUCAUGCUGCUCCAAACAUUGACCAUUCACAGGAUUUUGUGCGGAAAGAUUUGAAAGAAUGGAUGUGCUGGUUGAGGAAAGAGAUUGGAUAUGAUGGGUGGAGGCUUGAUUUUGUGAGAGGAUUUUGGGGUGGAUAUGUCAAGGACUACUUGGAAGCAAGUGAGCCUUAUUUUACUGUGGGCGAGUUCUGGGAUUCAUUAAGUUACACAUAUGGUGAUAUGGAUCACAAUCAAGAUGCUCACAGGCAGAGAAUAGUUGACUGGAUAAAUGCUACCAAUGGGACAGCUGGUGCAUUUGAUGUCACAACAAAAGGGAUCCUUCAUGCUGCACUGGAGCGAUGUGAAUAUUGGCGAUUAUCGGAUGAGAAAGGGAAACCUCCUGGGGUGGUUGGCUGGUGGCCAUCUCGUGCUAUUACUUUCAUAGAGAACCACGACACUGGUUCUACCCAGGGUCAUUGGAGAUUUCCCGGUGGAAAAGAAAUGCAAGGUUACGCCUACAUUUUGACACACCCAGGAACACCAGCUGUUUUCUACGACCAUGUUUUCUCUCACUACCAAUCUGAAAUUGCAUCCCUCAUCUCUCUCAGAAACCGUAACAAAAUUCACUGCCGGAGCAUUGUCAAAAUAGCAAAGGCUGAGAGGGACGUGUAUGCCGCUGUGAUCGAUGAUAAGGUUGCUAUGAAGAUUGGCCCGGGACACUAUGAACCCCCGAGUGGGCCUCAGAGGUGGUCUCAGGCCCUCGAAGGAAGAGAUUACAAGGUCUGGGAAGCUUCCUAAAGAUAACCGAGUAAUGUUCUCCUCCCCACCCGAGUAUGUGUAUAUAUAUAUAUAUAUAUAGGCCCGAGGAAGAUUUUUUCCUCGUCAAAACUCUCAAAACUUUCUCAGAUAUCGAUUCGAUGCCUUCCCGAGCUGGAGAGUGUGCUCCGGACACAGAAACCGGGAGCCGCUCCACCUGGGUCUAGGCAAUGAAAUGCAUGCAUCAUCAUUGAUUUUUUCAGCCCCGCAUUGGAAAGACAAGACUCCGAGAUUGGUGUUUUUCUUCACCAGCAUUGUCUCGUUUAGCUUCUGGGGAAAUUGUAACAAUAGUUGUCGAGAACAAUACAUAAUAUGCAAAAACGAUGUAUUUAUUUAUUUAUAGUUUAAAUUUCAUUUGUAUAAAUCGAAGAUCAAUUCUCUUAUA